ACAACGCUCUUUUGCUUUUCAAUCAAAAAAUAAAAAAAAAAGAAAUGUUUUUUAACUGAACAAAGAAAGACUCGCGUGAAGAAAAGUUAUCUUUUUAGUAUUUCUUUUUAUUUCCACUCUAAAAAACGUUAACGGUUUUUUUUUGGUUUCUCUGGUUUCUGUUAGGAAGGAGGAGGACGAGAGGGGAGAGCUUUUGCAGAAGUGACCGCGUGGUUUGUGACGGGGAAUGAGAAUUCCGGCGUGGAGGCGGUGCUAACGUGACAGUUGUGGUGAUGGAGGAAGAUGACUGCUGAAUGGAAUUCACAUUCGAUGCAGGACUUCCGAUGUCCCGAACAGCAGCAGCGGCGACGGUGACCGAAGGAACCUCGUUUUCACCAUCGUUGAAUCAAGAUGCUAUGUGGCAAAUGAACUUGAGAUCCAGUGAAACCAUGGAAUCUGGUCCUUACCCUGAGCGUCCAGGAGAACCAGAUUGUUCUUAUUAUAUCAGGACAGGCCUUUGUAGAUUUGGGGCAACAUGUCGUUUUAAUCAUCCUCCUAACCGAAAGCUGGUUAUUGCUGCUGCAAGGAUGAAAGGAGAGUUUCCAGAAAGAGUAGGACAACCUGAAUGUCAGCACUACCUGAAAACAGGAACAUGCAAAUUUGGAGCUACAUGCAAGUUUCAUCAUCCUAGAGAUAAAGCUGGGAUAGCUGGGAGUGUUUCCUUAAAUAUUUUGGGCUACCCUCUUCGCCCGAAUGAGACUGAGUGUGAUUAUUAUCUAAAAACUGGACAAUGCAAGUUCGGGAGCACUUGUAAAUUCCACCAUCCUCAGCCAACUAAUAUGAUGGUUUCAUUGCGUAGCUCUCCUAUUUAUCCGACUGUCCCUUCUCCAACCACUCCUGGUCAGCAGUCAUAUCCAGGAGGGAUUACAAAUUGGUCAAGAGCAUCUUUCAUUCCCAGCCCCCGUUGGCAAGGUCCUUCAAGUUAUGCACCUUUUAUUUUACCCCAAGGGAUGGUAUCAGUUCCAGGAUGGAAUACUUACAGCGGUCAAUUGGCAUCAGUCUCUUCUUCAGAGAACCUGCAGCAGACAAAUGCAAAUAAUCAAAUUUACGGAACCUCACGCCAGAAUGAAUUGGCAACUGCAGGAUCUCAAGCGUCCUUUUCUCAAUUUCGUUCUGGCUCUGUCCCUGUAGGUUUUUAUGCAUUGCAGAGGGAGAAUGUAUUUCCGGAGAGACCUGGCCAGCCUGAGUGCCAAUUUUACAUGAAGACUGGAGACUGUAAAUUUGGUGCAGUUUGUAGGUUUCAUCACCCAAGAGAGAGAGUUCUUCCUGCCCCUGAUUGUUUGUUGAGUCCUAUAGGCCUUCCUUUACGUCCGUUUUCAGGAUCAAGCGCAUACCACUACACCAAAAGCUAUAGCUGUAUCACCAAGCUUUGUUUCCACCCUUGUAAUGGCAACCACAAUUUCACCCAGUUCUCUCUCCGAAGGGGUGAACCUCUAUGCAUUUUCUAUUCUCGAUAUGGAAUUUGCAAGUUCGGUCCAAGUUGCAAGUUUAACCAUCCUAUGAGAAUUUUCACAUACAAUUACUCCUCAUCAUCUCCAUCUGAUGCCCCAGUUCACCGUUUCUUGGGGUCUUCUUCAGGAACUGCUGGGUUAAACCUGUCAUCAGAGGACCUUGUUGAAGCAGGCUCUACAAAGCCCAGGCGAGUUUCAUUGUCAGAGAAUAGACUAUUGUCUUCAAGUGAUGAUAAUAUUGAUACAGAGGGACAAACACUGCAACAAGAUACAGACUGAUUACAUUUGACAAUCUUUUGGUGGAUGAGGAAGAGUUAUCUAUAAAUUCAUUCCCCAUUGUUGGAGAUGUAUAGAGUUGGUGUUGGAGAUGUAUAGAGUUGGUGUCUAGUUGGUUCUGUUCUUUUAAAAAUAUGCAAUUCAGUCGACAGUUGCGUCUUCAGAAUUUCCUAUUCCUGCAUUUUAUAAAUCCGAAAAUGACGUCACAUUCGGUAAAACCCAAUGUGAACAGUUCAUCUGUCCCAAA